GGAGGGGAGUGCGCGCGAGCAGGGUAAAUGAAUGCGUGCACGGACAAGCGCGUUCAACUCCUCUAGAAUUCCUCCAGCGGAGAUGCGCGCCUGACCUGCCGCGUUUCUCAAAUGUUGCUCUCCGCGUUAUCUAGUUUCUUUACUCGGAACUGUCAUUUCGACCCACCCUCCACCUAAAAGACAUGCAACUUUGGGAGAGCUUGGCGACCAGGUAGUGGACAGCAUGCUGUUCCUGGCGAACGGUAUUCCCUGGAUCUUCGCCGAGGCAAUCCGUGGCCACUUCGCUCGCGGAUGUGCGUUCGGAUGGUUUGAUUGACGCCUGAGUGGAGGGAACACGCAGAAGGGCGAGGGAGAAUGGCUUCGAAAGAGCGACUGUACGAGCUGUGGAUGUUAUAUUACACUAAGAAAGAUGUCGUUUACCUGCAGCAAUGGUUGGAGGCAUUCGUGGCGUCUUUUGAGAAGGUCAUUGAUGUGCAGUCGACGGAGCCUCGACGGCUGGAAGAAUGGAGCGCCGAUGUCCCCCUCCUCCCCAAGGAGGUGUUGGUGUUCCUCAGCACUCAGCUGUGGCACAGUGCCCUCCACAUGUCAGGGCAGGAUCAGAGCAGCACUGCUCCACACCCACUGCUCCUCAUCAAGUUUUUCAUCAUCAUCUGCAGGAAUAUGGAGAAUAUAGACUCUGAGAAGACCCCGGGGUUUGUGUUUGAGACAAUCAAGCUCCUAAACUUCUGUUUGACUCAGCUGAAGAAGCAGCCAGAUGAUCAGAGCACUUUACAGUCGGUGGUACAACAUGGCCUGCUGCUGUGCGAAAAUCUCUUUGACCCUUAUCAAACGUGGAGGAGACGGCAGGCAGGUGAGGAGGUCAGUAUGCUGGAGAGAAGCAAGUAUAAAUUCUCCCCUCUUGUUCUACCAGAGGAGCUUCCUUUGCUAUUCCAUGACUACCUACAAGAGAGCGAACUAAUCCCAGAGCCACUCGUGGUGAGACUGGUGCAUCUACAGGGAGCUGUAAUCAGUGGAUGCAAGAGGAACGGCCUAAUGUCCAUCACUACCCAGGCUGUGAAGGACCUCAUUUCUGUGCUGCGUUCCUGGUGCCUCGCUCCUGCCUCACCCCCACAGGAGCCCAAGGAUCCUUGGCUGCUCAAAAUGACUCUGCGUUGCCUGACUGCAAUGAUCCACCUUCUGCACUCCAGCAGCCCGGACGAGAGGCAGGUGGAGAUCCGGACAGUGCUGGAUAGUUACUUCCAGCUGCUCAACUGGAACCGGCCACCAGACAGCCAGCAGAGAGAUAUGCAGAGCUGGGAGGAUAACCUCAUUUCCCUUCUCGAACACAUGCUGAAUGCUAUCCCAGAGAUCCUGCAGUGUUCAGACCGGCCGGUGUUGCAGGCUAUCUUUCUCAAUAACAACUGUUUCGAGCACAUACUUCGUCUCAUCCAGAACAGCAAGCUCUAUCAGAGUAACAGGUUUAAGGUGGCGUGUGAGGGACAGUGUGACCUCACUACACGUUUGCUCACAGAGGCUGAAGUGGAGCAGGUCUGGGAGAAGGGCUCCGACUGCAUCACGGUACACGCCAUUCGAGUUCUCACGGCCAUAAUGAGCAACUCGCCCUCUGCCAAGGAGGUCUUCAAGGAGCGGAUCGGCUACUCGCAGUUGUUUGAUGUGUUGAAAAGUCAAGGACAGCCCACUAAAAGACUCCUGCAGGAGCUGAUGAACAUGGCUGUUGAAGGGGAGUACUCCCAGGCCAUGCAGCUGGGCAUCAGUAACGAACAGCCUCUGCUCCUCCUGCUGCAGUGGUUGCCUGAUCUGGGCUCUCGCUCUCUGCAGCUGCUGGUGUCCCAGUGGCUGGCGGCCGUGUGUCGAGGAACCCUGUCCUGCCGCACCGUAGCCGUCGAGGCAGGCUUAGUAGGCGCUCUGCUGGAGGUGCUGUCUGAAGCCCCGGAGCGACUCGACCGGCAGUGCGCGGACGCCCUCUUGGGCUUGCUUCAAGACUUGGGUUCUCUUUCUCUACGGCCCUGUGAACUGAAGCGCCUGCUGAAGCUCUUGCGGAUCGAACCCGGAGCAGCCCCUCACCCGUACUGUGGGCGCGUGGUGAGGGUGCUUUCUGCCAUGGCCGCCCGCGGAGAGGGCGGGUGCAGCUCCUUGCAGUAUUUUGAUCUUACGCCCCCUAUGGCGGGUAUUAUGGUGCCAGCUAUACAACGCUGGCCAGGAAGUGCAUUCGCUUUCCACGCUUGGCUGUGCCUCAACACAGACUUUCCUCCACCACAGCACCACUACUCUGAAUCUCACCUGACAAACCUGGAUAAUAUGGUUCGAAUGGCUAAGGGACCACGUAGAAAACAGCUUUACAGUUUCUUCACAGCAAGCGGAACUGGCUUUGAAGCUUUUUUCACCACAGAAGAAGUUCUGGUGGUGGCAGUAUGUACUAAAAAGGAGUACAUGGCCGUUUCCCUGCCAGAACACCCACUCAAUGACUGCGCCUGGCACUCAGUAGCCAUUGUUCACAUUCCUGGCCGGCGGCCCUUUGGGCAGAAUGUGGUCACUGUUUAUGUGGACGGAGUACAGUGUAAAACAGCACCCCUGCGCUUUCCUUCUCUGAAUGAGCCUUUCACUUCCUGCUGCAUUGGAUCAGCUGGUCACCGGACCACUACCACCAUGACUACCUCUCCGACCCUGUCCAACCCGCCCCACUCGCCCUCCGAGAUGGCAUUUGCUGCUCACGCUGGGCCACCCACUCUUUCACGUUCCCAGUCCUUCCCUGCAUCCUUUGCAGCAGCCGCAGGGGGGCGGCCUGGUGUGAGUCGGGACAGUCCUGUUCACACUAUCCCCGCAGGGCUACAGGACACUGCGUGGGGCUCUCCUUCAUCACUGGGUGGCCUUUUAGCCACGGUGUUCAUCUGCCAUGAAGCUCUGCAGCCUUCUCAGGCACGAGCCCUGUUCACUGCAGGUCCCAAUAAUGUUUCCCUAUUCAAAACCGAUGGUGAACCUUCAGAAGUCAACAGUAAACUAGUGUUAUACUACACCCCACAGGCCUUUAAGAGCCAGAUCUGUUUGGAUUUGUCUCCCAACCAUCUUUACGAUGGCAGGCUGACAGGUCACAGGGUGGUGAACUGGGACGUCAAGGAUGUUCUGAGCUCAGUAGGUGGCAUGGGAGCUCUCCUGCCCCUGCUGGAGCAGGUGUGUUUGCUGGAUCAGGGUGAGACUGUAGGUCAGGAGACUUCAGAUCUUCUCGGGCCAGAGCUCACAUCCUCCAGGGGCCCUGCCGGCAUGCUACUGCCUCUGGGGAAGUCAUCUGAGGGCCGUUUAGAGAAGAACAGUGUAGCAGCGUUUUUGCUGAUGAUUAAGAACAUGCUGCGCAACCAUCCGACCAAUCAGGAGAGCCUGCUUCAGUGCCACGGGCCGCCCAUCAUUGGAGCCAUGCUCGGCAAGGUUCCCAGCAGCAUGAUGGACAUGAGUGUACUGAUGGCCUGUCAGUUCCUGCUCAAGCAGGUGUCCAACGAAGGCAACAACGCCCUCUUAUCACAGCUGUACCAGUACCUGCUCUUUGACUUCAGGAUCUGGAGCCACAGUCACUUUGCAGUCUGCCUGGGUCAUGUGCAGUAUCUAACCACCGUUAUUAAUGAGGGCAAACUGAAGACUCGUAAGAGGUAUGGUGUUCAGUACAUCCUGGACUCCAUUCGGACACACUACAGUGUGGAGAAGGAUGGCAGUCCUCUGUCUGAGGAGAGGCAGACGGUGCAGAUCGCUCUUUUUGCUCUGUUGAAGGACCUUCUGAAAUCUCCCACUGCUGAGGAGCUGCACAGCGUACUAGCCUAUGCUGCUAUAGUGCAGGACGAGCAACAGGUGAUCAGUGUUCUGGAUGUGAUAUACACCAUAUUGAAGAGUUCUACAUCUCCACGUGAGCAGGCUGUGAUGGUUCUUCUAGAGCGAGGGGUGGAGCAGCUCUACUGUCUGCUGCUUAAAACCAACUAUGGAGAUGAGGCCCGUGAGAGAGUUUUCAGGGUCUUGUGUAAGGUCCUGAAGAGUGAACGUAUACCUGAGCGCAGUAAAAUACGCAUCAAACUCAAGGACUCUGGAUAUCUUGGGCUGGUCUGCUCCUUCGGAGACGUCCCAAUCACAAUGGCAACUGUACGCUGUCUGUAUGACCUGGUGUCCGUCACAGUUCCCAGUCUUAAUUUUAGAGACCUGUUGGCAGUGGCGUAUCUGUCCCAUCGUGCCGACCUCAGCGUCCGACUUGAUAUCUGUCGUAAGCUCUUUCACUUGAUCUACUCCAAUGAAGAGUAUGUGAAGCAGCUGGCUCGUCAGUCAGGCUGGCAGGAUGUUCUCACUAAGCUCUACAUCAAAGAAUCGUAUGAGUCUCGUGUUCUCAGCCAAUCCAAUUCUUUGUCCAGCCCCACAAACUCGUUGGACCCUGUUCUUUCCAGACCCGUCUUCCGUCGGGAGGACAGCGUAAUGGAGGACACUCAGCAGAAUGUCUACAUUUCCCUCACUCCACGCCACGAAGAGGAGUACGAGGAGGAAGAAGCUCAGGAUGCGUCUGAGGGCUACUCUGACCUCUCCCAGUCUCCCCCGACAACCGGACAGCUCAAGAGCGAUUCCUUGCACUUCAAGCCGUUUGACUCCGGAGAACAAAGCAGUCAUUCGUCCACCUUGUCCAACACAGUGGACAUUCCAUCGUCGUCGCGUCUGCUGGAGGAAGAGGAAAGCGUGUAUCAGCCGCUGUCCCCUUUCAGCUCACCCUUUGAGCUGGAAAUAAGCCUUCAAAAAGGACCCCAGACACCUGUGGGUAGCCAGCCAGAGACCCCCUCUCCUCUGGAGCACAGUAAGAGCUUCCCAGGCAUGAGGCCUCGCAAGAGCUCCAGUCUGUCUAAUGUUCUGGACGACACGAGCUACAGCACUGAACCACCAACAGACACCAUCUCCAACACAUCCAACCCACAGGCUCCCGAAGAGGAGCUGUGUAACUUGCUGACGAACAUCGUAUUCUCUGUGCUGUGGAGCGGCACUGAGGGGUCUGAGGAUGCGAUAUGGAGAGAAAGGGGUCAGGUGUUCUCUGUCCUCACCAAGCUUGGCUCGUCCUGUCAGCUGGUGCGGCCACCUGAUGACAUCAAACGCAGUUUGUUGGAGAUGAUGCUGGAGUCGUCCCUGUCAGAUUUGAGGGACUCUCAGGGCGCGUCUCUGCCCCAUGUGCCUUCUUUGCUCCGCCUGCUCAGGCUGCUCCAGGACUUCCUGUUCGCCGAGGGAACUGACAAUCAAACACUAUGGAGUGAGAAGAUUUUUGAGGGGGUGGUGAAUCUACUGGACAGGCUGCAGGCAUGGCACACGACCCCUGGAUCAGCGGGGUCCGCUGAGCUCAAAGAGAUGUCUCUGAUCGGCCUGCGUAUCAUCACUGGAUACAUUCAGCAGCAGCAGAACUCACAGGUGUGUGAGAUGGCGUGUUUAAAGCUUCAUAGCCUGCUGCAGACUGUGUUAUGUCUGUCCUGGGAGGAGGUGUGUUUUCUUUUGGGUCGCCUCGGUGCACCACUUUGGCCAGCAAACUGUGGCUCGGGCCCGGGCGGCGAGGCUUUACUGAGUCCGCUGGUGGCCAUUGUCCGAGCGCUUCUGGACCAGCAUGCUGAUCGAAGCACGCUUCAGAAGAUGCUCCCCAACCUUCCCGCCACCAACGGCAGCCCCUCCUUCGCCCAGGAUCUCCAGAACUACUGCGGCACCGCUGAGUGGCAGCAGUUCUACCAGAACCACGUGGAGCCCACAAUGCAGCAGUACGAGCUAGACACUUUCGGGAAGAGUCAUGACCUGAUGUCCAACUUUUGGAAUUCGUGCUUUGAUGACCUCAUGAGCUCUGCACAGCGGAGAGACAAGGACCGCUCCGCCUGCAAAGCCAAGUUUCAGGAGCUCAUUGUUGACCCAUACCUGAAACGAAUGCGCACAGAGAACAGCCGCUAUCACAGUGUGCAGAAGAUGAUUAGCAGCCAGCAGGGGGUGGUAUGGAGGCACUGGAAGUCACUGCGCAGGUUACUGAGCAGCGAGAGAGCAGCCUGGGCACUCAGGGUUCAGCCAGAGGUGAACUGGAAACUGUCGGGUGCAGAGACGUACUCUAAGAUGCGUCUGAAGCUGGUGCCAAAUUACAGCUUUGACUCUCACAGUGAUGCCAGCGCACUGAGAGAUAACAUGGGAGCCGACAGCCCACGCAGCUCAACCGAACCCAUCCCUCUUGCCGUUGCAAAGGAAGCCAAAGUUAGUGACAUGGAGGAAGACAAACUAGAGGAUGAGGAUUUUGUCUUAAUUGAUGAGGCGGAGGAGGGCGAGGAGGAGAGCCAGAAGGAAAAGCUAGUGCUCUCAGAGGAGUGUGAGCUCAUCACUAUUGUUGCCGUGGUACCAGGUCGUCUGGAGGUCACAACGCACCACCUGUAUUUCUACGAUGGCAGCAGUGAGAAAGAGGAGACAGAGGAAGGCAUUGGGUUUGAUUUCAAGAGGCCGUUGUCACAGCUAAGGGAAGUCCAUCUGAGGCGCUACAACCUGCGGAGAUCAGCUUUAGAGCUGUUCUUCAUCGAUCAGGCACACUACUUCAUCAACUUCAGGAAGGGGGUCCGGAACAAAGUCUACUCCAGGAUCCUUGGUCUCAGACCACCCAAUCUUUUCUACUUUGGUUCUCGCUCUCCUCAAGAGCUCCUGAAAGCCUCCAACCUGACUCACAGAUGGGUUUGCAGAGAGAUCUCCAAUUUUGAAUAUCUGAUGCAGCUCAACACCAUUGCUGGUCGCACAUACAAUGAUUUAUCCCAGUAUCCAGUGUUCCCCUGGGUGCUGUGUGACUACACAUCUGCUGAACUGGACCUGGAGGACCCAGCUGUUUUCAGAGAUUUGUCCAAACCCAUAGGUGUCGUCAACCCUCGACAUGCACAGAAUGUCAGGGAAAAGUAUGAGAGUUUUGAAGAUCCAACAGGCACUAUCGAUAAGUUCCACUAUGGCACACACUACUCUAAUGCUGCCGGCGUCAUGCACUACAUGAUCCGCACGGAGCCCUUCACCUCGUUACAUAUACAGCUCCAGAGCGGCAAGUUUGAUUGUGCCGACAGGCAGUUUCAUUCAGUAGCAGCAGCAUGGCAGGCAAGAAUGGAGAGUCCAGCUGAUGUGAAGGAGCUCAUCCCAGAGUUCUUCUACUUCCCAGAGUUCCUGCAGAACAUGAACAGUUUUGAUCUGGGCUGCUUGCAAAUCAGUCAGGAGAAGGUCAAUAAUGUGUUGCUUCCGCGCUGGGCGUCUUCGCCUGAAGACUUCAUCAGGAAACAUCGCAAAGCUUUGGAGUGUGAGCAUGUGUCUGCUCACCUGCACGAGUGGAUCGAUCUCAUAUUUGGGUAUAAACAGCGAGGACAUGAAGCGGUAGAAGCUCUCAAUGUCUUCUACUACUGCACUUAUGAGGGUGCAGUGGAUCUGGACGCCAUAGCUAAUGAGACCGAGCGCAAGGCCCUGGAAGGCAUCAUCAGCAACUUUGGCCAGACGCCCUGUCAGCUUCUCAAGGAGCCCCAUCCUCCCCGUAUGUCAGCAGAGAAUGCAUUCAGGCGGCAGGCCCGUCUGGACAUUCUGCCUCCAAACCUUUUUGAUCAGCUCACUAAACUCCGGUCUUUUAAAGAGGUGGUGAGUGAUGGACUUCCUUUAGUCCAAGCCGUGGUGCCCAGAAAUCAAACUCGCUCCUUUAUCAUCCCUGGCUCUGACAUACUGGUGACCGUGAGUGCUAAUGGAAUGAUAGGCACUCAUAGCUGGCUGCCCUACGACAAGAACAUAGCUAAUUAUUUCACCUUCACCAGAGACCCCACUGUGAGCAACCCAAAAACCCAGCGGUUCCUCAGCGGGCCGUUCUCCCCAGGGGUGGAAAUCGGGUCCCAGGUGCUGGUGGUGUCCACUGACGGGCGUCUGCUGUUCAGCGGGGGGCACUGGGACUGCAGCAUUCGGGUCACUAUGUUAGGCAAGGCCAAGCUGGUGGGCAGGAUCUGCCGUCACAUUGAUGUGGUCACGUGCCUGGCUUUGGAUCUCUGUGGUAUCUACCUCAUCUCUGGCUCACGAGACACCACCUGCAUGGUGUGGCAGGUCCUACAGCAGGGCGGUUUCUCUAGCGGUCUGUCUCCACGGCCCGUGCAGGUGCUCUGUGGACAUGAUCAAGAGGUCACGUGUGUCGCCAUCAGCACUGAGCUGGAUAUGGCGAUCUCGGGGUCAAAGGAUGGCACAGUGAUCAUGCACAGUGUGCGUCGUGGGCAGUAUCUUCGGACCCUGAGGCCGCCGUGCGAGAGCUGCCUUCCUGCCCCUGUGGCACACCUGGAGGUCGGCAUGGAAGGGCACAUAGUGGCCCAGACUGUUACGGAGGGCCGCUCUGCUGGAAAGGAGAAGUAUGCGCUGCAUGUGUACUCUGUGAAUGGCACCCUCUUAGCAUCUGAGACGUUGGACGAGAAGAUUUCAGCUUUGCAUCUGGUGCCUGACUACCUCAUCGUAGGCACACAGCAGGGGAACCUUCACAUUCGCGACCUGUACAGUUUGAUUCUGGCCGUUGCGCCCUUGGCCCUGAAGAUCCCCGUGCGCUGUGUGUCUGUCACGAAAGAGAGCAGUCAUAUUCUGGUGGGCCUGGAGGAUGGCAAACUCAUUGUGGUGGGAGCAGGAAAACCGGAAGAGGUGCGGUCUGGGCAGUUCUCCCGCAGACUGUGGGGCUCCACACGCAGAAUCUCCCAGGUGUCCGCAGGAGAGACCGAAUACAACCCCGUCGAGCCUCCUGCUAAAUGAGCCCCGCGUGCCUUCAUCAACACCUGCCCGUCCACAAGAGACGCCACUGCAACCGCCCCGUCCGCUUUCCCGCCCUUCUGAAACACAGAGCUUGGGAAGCCAGAGUAAAGGGAACGCGAGUGGUGAACGUGCACUUUUAUACAAAAAAGGGAAAAGAACAUUCUUCUUGAAAAUGCAAUGAUUUGUACUGCUUUUAACAGACAAGACUUUCCAAAGAUUUUUGAUCGGGGCGAAUCAGGUAGUCGCCUGCAAACUUUUUAAGUUUUGUCGGCUAAGACUGAACUUUUUUUUUUUUUUUUUUUUUUAAAGCAGUAUGUUCUGUCCUGUGAAUCACAGACUGUCUUCUCACUGGCUGGAGCCCGAGGCACUGUAUGCUCAGCGUGACGGACCUAGUCUCUGUCACUGAGUGACAAACCCUCAUCACCUGAGCUGCUUUACAGUAUAGUAGAUCUUCUCAUGCUGAUUUUUACGCUUGCUUUGCCGAUCUCGUUCAGCACCGGUACUUCAUCCGACACUUGAAAACCUUCUUAUAUUAAAAGAUGUCAUCCGUGACGGCAGUGUUUUCACGGGACAGGCGCUGACGGAGGUGUGUGUACAGUACGCGGGGUGUGGGUGUUUGUACUUCUUUGCACAGUUACUUGCAGGCGCUUUGUAUAACGCAAUAAUUCAUGUGAAUCACGCCUGAAUCAGAACGAGAUCCUUUCACUCCUGUUUGAUGACGUGAAGCGCUUAGAGCCCUGCUAAGUCUUGAGACCUCUGGUGCCUUGAAACGGGUGAACAAUAGAAAUGUCCAUAAUUAUGAUUAAUUGUGACUGAAAUACAUUUAAGAGGUAGUUCACCUGAAAAUUAAAGUUUUGUCAUCUUUGACUCACCCUUAUUGUUCCAAACCUGUCUGACUGACAUUCACCCCCUCCAAA